GUUUCUAGUGGUGACAGGGAGUUGAGCUUAGCGACCAUUCGCUUUUCGCUUGUGAGCCCGAAGUCACAGUCAUAACAAAAGUCGAAGGAUAAUGGCUAACCGUAAUCCCUCGCCGCUUCGCUGAGGCUUAUAAGCGUGAAAUUAAUUGCCUGUUGGUGUAUCCUAGCUGGGGUAAACUUGCAAUGAUUAUGAUUUUAAAGGUUUGCUUCAAACGGGCAAGAAACAAAGGCAAAUAACGCGUCUCGCGCUCGGCUUCAAAGCAUAUAAAAGCUGACCGCCGAAAUUUCUGAUAUGGUUUGGAACACUACAACACGGCCGACUGGUUUUCCUUUUUAUGUCGAGAAGAAUUACACGAAUUCUACAUCAAGCCCUUCAAACAGUUCAGCGAUUUCGUGCUCCGAAUCAUGGAUAUAUGAAACGGCGUUCGCUGUGUCGCUUGCCUUGUUGAUGAUAGCUAUGAUCGGUGUUAGUGUUUUUGGGAACUCUAUUGUUUGUUACAUUGUAUACCAGAAGCCGGCAAUGCGAUCGGCGAUAAAUCUUCUUCUAGCUAGUCUAGCUCUCGCUGAUGUGCUGACAACACUAGUGUGUAUGCCGUUUGCGUUCCUAACUAUCGUAACUCAAGGAUGGAUUCUGGGGCAAGAAUUUUGCCAAGUGAAUGCGCUACUCUACUCGUUUCUCGUGACUGAAGCGACCCUCGUGCUUGUUACAAUCAGCAUUGAUAGAUAUCUGAUUAUUGUACGAAGGAAAGACACUUUGACUCCACAGAAAGCCAAAAUCUAUAUCGUCGUCUCUUGGUUUGUGGCGUUUGGGAUGUCAGUGCCCCCUCUGUUCCGUUGGGGGAAAUUCGCGUAUGUGUUCGAUGAACUCCAGUGCAGUCUGGCGUAUCCAUCUCACCCAGAAAUCCACCUAUCGUACAGCCUAUUCUACCUAUCUGCAGCAUUUUUAAUCCCGUUUGUUAUCAUGGCUUAUUGCUAUUUCUGGAUUCUGCGGACAGUGCGUCGUAACUCUACCCGAAUACAAAAUCACCCGCCUAUCUCGAGUGGUAUGAUGACUACAAAAAUGCACCGGCCUGGUCGAAUGGACAUAAAUUACAGCUUCAAAACUCGAGCGUUCACAACUAUUCUCAUUCUAUUUCUGCUGUUUGUCGUUUGUUGUAUGCCGUAUACAAUACUUCGCUUCUAUUUGGUGUUGCGUGGUCCAAGCACUGUGACCUACAAACUAAGUGUGUUACUCUUGUGGCUAGCCUACUUGAAUUGUACACUGAAACCAGUGAUUUAUUAUGUGCGCAUAAGUAAAUUUCGUGAGGCUUGUACGGAUAUUCUGCCAUCGUGGUGCAUCCAUUUGCCCAAAUGUUUGCCUGGCCGUACGAUGCGAAGAAUUCGGCCCCACGCUAUUUAUGAAGUUGACAGACGUUCAAUAGCCGUGACUUCUAUUUAACGUUUUUGGUGGAAUGAAAGCGAAGAAAUAUUAUAAUUUUUCCACAAUUAUUAAAGACACAAUCUCUAUCAAACAUGAAAAUAUUAAAAAUUCGUCGUCAUUUUUAUGGAAAGGACCUAAUAUUUCUCAACUUCGAGCAGAUGUUUUUAUAUCUUUAUUUCAAAAUUCAAAUUUCUCAAUUUAGCGGUAAUAUUUCUGGACCAAUCACCUAUUAUAACAGAGUAGUUCGGUGUUAUUGAAAGGACCAUUAUUGCAGUAUUAUGUGAUUAGAAUGUUUCGCUGCAUGGUAACAUUUAGAAUUCAAAUAAGCGAACUAAAAUUUUGAAUAUUUUUUUUAAUUAUUGAAAAAUAAAAUAAAGUAAUGAAAAAUGCUAACAAACGUAAAUUUACAAAAUGAUUCCGAACUCGAAAAAGGGUUACAAGUAAAAGUAAUUUCAAAAGUGGAAUUUUAAAUACGACAUAUAAAUUAUAUGAAUUAUUUCAUUCUUUGUUAUUUGUUGAAUUGUAUACCAGCUAGAACAUUGUAUAUAUUUAUUUGUUUAACGACCCUUUCAUUCAACUAAGUAUCCGUUAGAAAAUUGUUUGAAAUACAUUCCAAAAAAGCUUUCUCGUACGUAUUUUUUAUUCAAAAUACGAAACGUUUGCAUUCUGUCUAUGUACUUGACAAUUGUCGGGCAACAUAACUUUUUCGGUUGGUUGUCAAUUCGUGCAUAUUUAGAUUUGUAUUUUUAUAGAAAACUAUUUUAAAAAUUGCCGUGAUUAAAUAUGUAUAGAUUAACAGAAAAUUAGACGAUUAUUAAUAAUCUUCGACCAUUUCACAUUAUUUCUUUUUAAGAAACUCUGUGGAAACGCUUUGAUUUAAAGAGUUUGUUUAAAAAAUAUUUUGAAAAAAUAUAUAUAUCUUGUAAAAUUGGACUAAUAAAAACAGUUCUUUUAA